AUGUCCCCAAUAGCUGUCAUGUCCGAAGCGAUUACCGUCCCGUCACCUUCUCCAAAGGUUCUACCCACUGAUAUACCUAGAAGGCCUUCACCAUGGCAUGAUGUAGCUCAUUCGCUGUCUACCACCUCACUGCCGCCCCGUCGACCAUCGGUCUCGCUCUCCUCUUCCACAACAUCCGUAAACGGUACUGAACCAAACACCCCUCCAGAUGUCGGCUCACUCGCUCAAUCAGCCUCGUCUCAAGCCCUCAGAGAAUGGGAUGAACGUUUGUCAAAGCCAUCGUCGAACAUUUCGAGACACCAAUUGAUACCCAGGCAAACCAAACUAGCAGCAGAAAGGGAUAAAGCUGGAUUUAUAGAAUACAAGUUGAAAUUAAUCGAUCCGACCCCAGAGAGAUUUGAGAGGUUGAUAACUCAGUUGAUGUGGAGAUUGAAGCAGGGUAGGAAUGAAGCUAUAUAUGAGCUGGGUCUGGCUGACGAUGGAACAGUCAUUGGUCUUCCUCGAUCCCAGAUGGACGCUUCUCUUCGUACACUAGAACUUAUGGCUUCGGAAGUAGGAGCUACGGUGAUCAUCUUAAAGGAAAUUGUCCUCCACUCAUCCCGUAAGUCACAUCCGAUUCCUCAAAAACCCUCAUGGCCUUCCAUCGCGAACGUUGAAUCCAAUGAAGUAGCAAAGAUCAAAAAGAGCAAAUGGAAGGAAGGGGCAGGAAGUAGACGUAGACAGAGAUAUAUCCCUCACGAGCCUGGAGUGUAUGGAGGAACGACACCAAAGAAGUUGAUCUUUGAUCCUGCCGAUAUGGCUGGAUCAUCGGGCAUCAGCGAUGAGGAGGAUGUUACUCGCCAAGACCCUCCUUCAAGUGAUGACGAUACUUCAUCGCCGUUCUUCUUCGAGCGUCAUAAACCGGACGAAUCGAUCACCACUGAUAAACAUUCCGCUCCCACUUUAUCGCACCAUUCCCGUCCUUCGUACACUACCAGAGAUCAUUCUCCUUCCCGUGGCGGGAAGCCUUCACCAUCACCACCGUCCAGACCUCGAAGUAGAAAAGACGAGAAGAAGAGAGGCAAGUCAGCUGCCAAGUCCGAAGCUAGGCGAUUGGAUCUGCUGAGAGGCGAUGGAACUAAUCCAAUGUGGAAAGAAAUGCACCUCGAUGGUCAGUGUACCGAUACUGCCGCCACUAUGGUUUCCAAUGAUACCUCAUGUUCCGAGACACUCUUAUCUCUUACCGCAAAUGGUAAUCCUGCAAGCUCGCCCCACUUCACCAUCCCUCAUCAACCUGCUCGACCAUCCUCUUUACGUCUUACCACACCUAUCCAGCAAGAGUCAGAACCAUUUUUAGAUGAUCUACUUCAUCUGCCGUUGGAUAGUCUAUCUUUAUCAUUUGCGGAUGUGCGAGAACUGUCCGAACCCGAUUCACCCAUAUCAUGUACUGAAACCGAAAGUCAUACACCCAUCGAUCAAUUACAUAUAGAUAAUGAAUCACAGCAAGAAGGUGAAGAGAUGAUAUGUGUAGAAGCGCUGGUGGUGCGAAAAUUACAGCACGAUGAAGAUGGCGAAGAUGAUCAGGAAGACGAAGAGGAAAUUUGGGGGUAUGGCGGUGAGGAGGAUGUAUGGGGAUUCGGAGGUGAUGAUUAG